CUGGCAUGGUAUGGCUGAUGAUGAUGAUAAUAAUGAAGAUUGGUGGUGGUUCGUCGCGCCGCGCCGCUCCGCUCCGCGCCGUUGGCUCUCUUCCUCCUUCCUUGCUUUGGGCAGGCAGAUGACGACGAAUGUGGCGACGACAACAACGACGACGUCGUCGUAGUGUGUAGAAGAGACUCCAGUGCUAGUUGGGAAAGCAGUCGCGGCCAUCAGUGCUUUGUAUGACGCUUGGUUUGUUAGUUGUGUGUUAUUUUGCUGCUGCCGCCGCGUCAGUGCUGGUAUUUACUGCUUGCUGAUGACGGUACUAGUGCUUAAAACACUAGUAAUUCGGCGCCUCAUGUCGCGCGUGUAGUGUUUUUUAUAUAUUUUUUUUUGUUUAAGUUUUUUUUUUUUUAUUUUCUUGUUGUAAGUGAUGUGUAAGAGUGGAAUCCGCCGGUUACUAUGACGUUGUUGGUUGAUAGGCCACUUUUGGGGGCCAUGGGUACCGGAAAAGCUUUUGCACUAUUCUCGAAUAGUUUUCAACGGUUUUGUGAUGUAAUCCGGACAUAAAUUGAUGUGAAGAAUCCAUAGGUGCUAAGUUAGAACAUAAGACAAUGAGCUGAAUUUUCCAAAAAAAAAAAAAAAGUACAAUACCCACACUCACAUACACAUAUUAAAUCCUCACAAAACACCUUCACUAAACAACAACAACAACAAGAUAUCUACGAAGAAAAAGAAUAAAGUUAAAAAAAGGAAAACUUUUUUUUAUUGUACUGACUGCAUCAGGGAUAAUUAUUUAUUUAACGAUUAAAUUUUAAUCACCUUGUUACCUUAGUUUUAAAAACUAAACAAAAACAAAAAAAAAACAAACUUAAGAAGCUAGUAUAAAAUACAAAGAGUUAAUAAGCAAAACAUAAAGAGAGAAAGAGAGUGAGAGCAAAAGAGUGAGUGGGAGAAUAUAUAUAUAUAUUUUUUUUUGUUAAUAUAGAUAAAAUCAAAGAAGCAGUAUUCUUUACGAAAGUUACUGCCAAUCUUUAAAAAAACAAAAAAAAAUUAUAUAAAAUGUCCAAAUAUUAUACCUCGAACAGCAGUAACAAUAAUACAUACAAUGGAAACGGAAGCACAACGACACACUCACGAGCCACAUCACGGCAGCAACAAUCUUCUUCCUCCUCAUCAUCAGCAUCAUCGGCAGCUGCUGCAUCAGCAAAUACAGCAGCACGAAAGCUGUCUUAUGAGACUGCAUCAGCAUCAUCGUCAUCAUCAUCAUCUGUCGUCACAAAAUCCCAUAACAAGGUUACAGUAUCAGCGUCAGGAAGAACAUAUCUGGAGAUGGGUAGCAGCAGUGAGAAAUCCACUACUACGACAUCAGCAAUGGCACCUACAGUGAAAAUGAAUCAGCACAGUAAUGUUCAUUUGCUUGACCAUGGUUAUGGUGCAACAAUGGAGACAUUCACGGGAAAAUACACAACGCCAUCCAGUAGGAAUUCCGAACCACAUAUAACAGAUUAUUAUAAGCAAGUGAAACGGCGACUUCCGAAUGCGGACAGUAGUAGUGCCUCAUCGCCACAUCCUUCAAAACAGGCGAAACACAGUAGUUCUCAUCAAACCCCAUACCAAUCUACCACAAUUCAUCAGCAAUCACAACAACAGCAACAGUCAUCAGCGACAUCAGCGCAUCAACAACAACAGCAGUCUCAUCAUCAACAACGUCAAAACACUCAUAGUAGAUCAACAACAAUAACAACGACUACCCAUAAUACCUCCGCCCGUAAUUCAUUAGCUGUUGCAGAGGCUGCUGCCGCCGCAGCUGCCUCAGCUACUGGCAAGAAACGUUCAACCGAUGGUCGUGGAGAUACCUCUCUUGGCAUACUAACAAAACGUUUCGUUGAUUUGCUCCAAGAAUCACCCGAUGGUGUUGUUGAUCUUAAUGAAGCAUCGCAAAAGCUAUCAGUGUUGAAACGCCGAAUCUAUGACAUAACGAAUGUCCUCGAAGGUAUUGGUAUUCUUGAGAAAAAAUCAAAAAACAACAUUCAAUGGAAAUGUGGCAAUUCAUUGGUCAGUGCCGAAACAUCGGAAGACAUGCAAUUAGAGAGCGAUAGACUCGAACAGAAAGAGAAUCAUCUCAAUUAUCUGAUCAAUCAAAUACGAGAUGAACUGAGUGUGGAGAUAUCAAAGAAUUCGCAGCAUUCGUAUGUGACGCACAGUGAUUUGAAAAGUGUCGAGCUGUUUAAGGAGCAAAUUAUAAUUGUGGUGAAAGCACCACCCGAGGCAAAGCUUGUGCUUCCUGAUUCGAGAGUGCCUCGUGAAAUUCACGUUAAAGCUGAAAAUAAUGGUGAAAUCAAUGUAUUUCUAUGCCAUGAUAAUUCACCAGAGACCUCACCCAACUUCUCGAAUGAUCCUCUUUUCAAUAAUAUUAAUCGUUUGACACCGGUGAUAGAAAGCUCAAGGAAAGCAAGAUUAGGAGGUCUACUCACAUCAACAUAUCCAAUCCGUUCGGCACAACGAAACUUAAGCAAGUCAAUCGAAGAUGCUGCUUCUGCAGCUGAAACUCCUGCACCUGGAGGUGGUGGUGUAGUGACAUCAGAUCAGCAUUCAAUGACUGGCUUUGGUGAUAUGGUCAAUAGCUAUAUGGGCUGUGGUGAUUUUAAUAUGUUCCCCACCACAACCAAACCCGUUCUUACCCACAUUGGUUCCCAGUCACAAAUUGCUGAUAAUAAAACAAAUACAGAACAACAACUGAGCAAUGAGUUCUACAUGAAACAGGAGCCGCAAUCGUCUUCGUCAAAUCAACCAGACGAUGAUAAUAUUGUAAAUGAUGUUGCAGUUGUAGGUGCUGUUGGUGUGGGUGAUGCCAACAGGAACAAUGUUGUGGGGACACAUUUAACAGUGGGAAAUAACAGUGGAGUCUUAGGAGGAGUCGGAGGAAGCAAUGGUGUUGGUGGUGUUGUUACAGGCGGAAGUUGUACAUUAGUCGAUGUAUCGCCGCCACGCUCCACCGACUCUAGUGAUUCAAAUAAUACGCUUAGUAGUUGUAAUAAUAAGUCAGGCCUUAAACAUGACGUCGCCAUGGUGAAUUGUUCAAUAAGUAGCAAUGGCAGCGACGGCGGCACUGUUAGUUGUGGCACACAAAGUGCUAAUAAUGUUGGUGGCACUGUAACUGGACACCAUCAUAUGCACAAUACGUCUAGCGAAGAUGAUGAUGAUCAUUUGCACAAUCAUCAUCAUCAUCAUCAUCAACAACAACAACAUCAAAAUCAACAUCAUCAGCAGCAUAAUCAGGAUAUGCAACAACAGCAGCCACAUAAUCCACUAACGGUCAUCAGUGGUAGUAGAAACAGAAUGGGUGUGACGCCAUCGUUGCUCGGCAAUAAUAAUAGAAAGAGCGUCCGGAACGCUUUUAUGACUGAGUCGAUCAAUUUGAGUCCGUCUAAUCUGUUGGGUGAUGGGCAGAACUAUUUUGAUGAUUUUCCGCCGUUCCUACCAAUCGAACCGCCACUCGAUGUUGAUUACAAUUUCGCCUUGGGUCAUUCUGAAGGACUUAUGGAGUUAUUCGAUGACCUGAAAAAACAAAGUGUGGACUUAACUAAAGGAAAAAAAAUGAAAAAUAUUUUUUAAAAAUAUUUGAAAAAUCAAGACUCCACAACAAAAUCAAAGGAAAGAAGCAAAUAGACAUUUUUGGAAACAAGCAAUCAAAAAUUGAAAUACAAAUGGCGAAUUCAAUUUAACCAUUUUACAAUUAUUAUUAUUAUUAAAAUAUAUAUUUUCUUAAAAUUAGUUCUUAUUUAUUCUUGUGAUUAAACAAAAAAAAAAUCCUAUAAAAAAGUUGAACAGAAGACAAACAAAAGUAAGAGGAAGUUAUUAUGAAAAAAACCAUAUUGUGAAAAUUCAAACAAAAUGAAAUAUCUUUCUCUGUCACUUUUUUUAAAAUAUAUAAUAACAACAAAAAUCGUUGUAUAUUGUUUAUUUGUUUUGUUGUUACCAAUAAAAAAAAUCAUCAUUUAAAUAAUAACCUCUUCGCAUCUCCCAAAAGAAAUUAAAAAAAAAACAAAAUUAUAUAUUGUAUAGUAAAACCUUGGGGGCUUUCUUUUUCCCAUUUAUUAUAAUUAUUAUUAUUUCUUAAUUGUUUUGUAAAUUAGAUCGAGGGAAGGAAGAAAAAUUAAUGGAGACAAUUUUGAUGAGGGAAUUUUAAUUUAAAACAAAAAAAAAUUGUUUUUAUUUGUAAUAAUAUGUACAAAAAGGUAAAAUAAAAUUUAAAACAAACAAAAAAAAAAAAUCAACUGCAAAAUAAAUAAAAC